CAAUCCAAAGCUCAGUGAGGAACGGUCCUGGCACUCAAAACUCAAGUUGUUGUUGGAGCAGUGCUGAAGAAUUGGAAUCAUGGCGGUCACAAACUUCCACUACAUUACCCGGAUGAGCAGUGGCUUUAAAGUGUACAUCUUAGAGGGUCAGCCCAACCUGAGGAGUGAGGACAGAUUUCGCCAUAUGACCAGUGACAGGGUGCGGAUGCUCCCUGCCCCCCCAUUAAAGCGCAAACACACUUCGGACAGAGGACGUACGCUUGAAGAGAGAAGGGAGAGGGCCCUUAGUAAGAGCUUGGCCAACAGUGCUCGGAGAUCAUCUGGCUUUAGUAUUCCUGAAAGCCCCACAUCCACAUGGAGCCCCACAGCCAGUCCCACUCAUCUGAUCCCAAGCCCAGUGUACUCCACCCCAGUUAUGGACGAGCCUCUGGCCCUAAUCAAGAAACCACACCCAGAACCAGUGAAAACAGUGAGCCAAAGCAAAGCCACAACAGUCAGACAAAUACAGAUACGACCCUCUGUCAUCACAUGUGUUUCCUCGGCAACAAGGUCCACAAAAAAAGCUGAAGACUGCUGCAGUAAUUCAGCUAUUGUUACCGAGCACAGUUACGACCACGUCGAAGAGCAUUUCCAGAGGAGUCUUGGAAUGAACUACCACAGAGCCACCUCCAUCAGUGUGUCUGUAGAUGACCAUUUUGCCAAGGCACUGGGUGAUAAAUGGCUCCAGCUCAAAGCUUCAUCCUCCUCCUGUAACUCCUCCUCGUCCUCUUUGUCUUCCUCAUCCCCACCCAGCAGUCCAACCUUCAUCCACUCACCCAGUUACAGCCAGAGUCCAAAAAGGGCCCGCAAAGAUUCAGUCAGCCCAACUACAAUCACACCCUGGUCUGAUAAAUGAAGAAGAGAGAGAAUAUGUACUGUAGAUAUGACAGAAUGGACUAGAUUUCAUGAUGCAUGUAGAACCUUUGUGUAGGCCCAUGCGUUUCUGCUGUAAAAAGCCAAAUGGUGAUUCUGUGAUGGGGUGGCGAGUCAGUGAAUUGAUGUUUUGCAUUAAUCACUUACACUCCAUAAGCAGAAUGUGAGCCGGAACUGUUAAAUCUCCUUGAGUUUAAAUGUCUUUUAAAGGGAUUUCACAUGGAGAUAUUCAAAGUCCACUUUCAGACAAUCAGAUAAUUUUUUGGUAGCUAAGCAUUGUUGGAGUUGGCUUUGUUUUCUUGUCACUGUUUUUGUUGGUUGAGCUAAUUGUCUCACACUAUGGGUGCCACUGUUUUUUAUUUGUUGACUGUGAUUGCACUGAUUAUUGUUAUUAACAUUUCAUUUUUUGCUGUAAGCUUUACUUUUAAACCAUAUGUAUAUUUAUAUGAGACAGAUUACCAAAGUCUUGUAACCCAAAUGCAGCCCUGAAAAAAAGCAGGUCAAAAAGUUUCAUUUAUUGCAAACAUGCUUGUUUGUCAUCUCUGAAUGGGCUAUAGCUGUUCAUUUCAAACUCUAUUUAGAUUUAAAGCUGUAGUAUAUGCAAUCUUUUGUACACAUUUGUAAUAAACACAUUUUUUAAAUGA